GGUUUUCACCUAUAAAUUUAUUUCAGAUUCGCUCGAACACAAAACACCAACCUUUCAUUCACUAUUCCUCCGAUUUUCUUCCCCACAAAAAUUAAAAUUUUCCGAUCCCCAUUUUCUCUUUCUCUCUCCAAUGGCAAAGGGUCCUGGUCUCUACACUGAAAUCGGCAAAAAAGCCAGGGAUCUGUUGUUCAAGGACUACCACAGUGACCAGAAGUUCACCAUCAGUACCUACUCACCCACUGGAGUUGCCAUCACGUCAUCAGGAACCAGGAAAGGUGAAUUGUUUGUGGGUGAUGUUAACACCCAGUUGAAGAACAGAAAUGUCACCACCGAUAUCAAAGUUGAUACAGAUUCUAAUCUCUUCACAACCAUCACUGUUGAUGAGCCUACCCCUGGUUUGAAGGCUAUCUUUAGCUUCAAAGUUCCUGAUCAAAGGUCUGGCAAGGUGGAACUUCAGUACUUGCACGACUAUGCUGGAGUGAACACCAGUGUUGGGUUGACGGCAAACCCAAUCGUGAACCUUUCUGCUGUUUUUGGAACUAGCAUUCUUGCUCUCGGAGUGGAUCUUUCAUAUGAUACCAAAAGUGGGGAUUUGACAAAAUCGAACGCAGGAGUCAGCUUCACCAAAGAUGACUUGAUUGCCGCAUUGACUGUGAAUGACAAGGGCGAUGCUUUGAAUGCUUCAUAUUAUCAUGUGGUCAACCCCUUGACCAACACUGCUGUUGGUGCCGAGGUGACUCACAGGUUCUCGUCCAACGAGAAUACCCUCACCCUUGGCGCCCAGCACGCAUUGGACCCCUUGACCACAGCGAAGGCUCGCGUCAACAACUACGGCAGGGCAAGUGCUCUCAUCCAGCAUGAGUGGCGCCCCAAAUCGUUCUUCACUAUUUCCGGGGAAGUCGACACCAAGGCGAUCGAGAAGAGUGCGAAGAUUGGAUUGGGUUUGGUUCUCAAGCCCUAGGAGUUUUUAUCCAUCUUAUAGGGGGGAAGGGGGAUAGGAAGCAUGCAGUAUUUAUUUUCUUAAAGUUGGUGGUUCUUCUUGGGCAAGAAGUGUUUAUGUUUUCUUUACAUUUGAGCAAUUCAACUUUGUAAAAAUAAGUAGGUUUUUUUAUAAACCAAAUGGUUCGACUCAUUGUUGAGGCUUUAACUUGCGCGAAAUUUUUAUAUUGUUUUUGUUCCUACAA